AUGAAGAAAGUUGUGGAGAUAAAUAUGUUCAAGGGAUUUCAUAUAAGUAAUCAAGACAAGAUAACACACCUUCAAUUUGCUGAUGAUACACUUGUAUUCAUUGAUGCAAGAGAAGAGGAGGUAGAAAAUUUGGUAUUAUUUCUCCAAAUAUAUGAAGGUAUAACUGGAUUGCCGGUCAACUUGCAGAAAAACUCAGUAGUAAGCAUUGGAGCGGAUAAUAAGGUCAAGGACUGUGCAGAGAUAUUAAGUUGCACUAUUGAGACACUUCCUAUCAAAUACCUAGGAAUGCCAGUGGGAGCAACUUGUAACACAAGAAUUAUAUGGGAUGUGGUCAUAGAGAAAGUUCAGAAAAGACUUGCACCUUGGAGGAGGAAAUUUUUCAAUAAAGCUGGUAGAUUGUUCUUGAUCAAAAGCACUCUUGCAGCCAUGCCAAUAUAUUUCAUGUUUAUCAUUCCUAUGCCAGUGUGUGUAGAAAAGACACUCUCUCAAAUCAUGAGGAAUUUUCUCUGGGGUUCGUCAGCGGAAAAAAAAGAAAAUAAACUGGAUAGCUUGGAGAAAUGUGUGCAUCUCAAAGAAAAAAGGGGGAUUAGGAGUAAGAAAUCUUAG